UGCAAAUAAAUAAACUUGCAUUUUCGGGCAUCAUAAUUGAAUAAAUUGGGUUAAGGUGAAAGCGCAAUCAGCAUGUUAAAUUAGCACGCCCCUCUUCUCUCUGAUACUCCCUCGCCCACUGGAGAUCUCUCUCUCGAGAAUCGAAGCCAAUCGAGAUGGGUCGAAGCUCGACUCGGUUCACUACUGUCUUCGUCGUCUCUCUCCUCCUCUUGAUCUCAUCUGCACACUCCUUCUAUCUCCCUGGUGUUGCUCCUCGCGACUUUCAGCGGGGUCAUCCACUUCCAGUUAAAGUGAACAAGCUGUCAUCUACAAAGACACAACUUCCAUAUGACUACUAUUACUUGGACUACUGUAAGCCAACCAAAAUUAUGAACAAUGCUGAAAAUUUGGGGGAGGUUCUCAGGGGUGACCGCAUAGAGAACUCUGUUUAUACUUUUCAUAUGAGGGAGGAGCAGUCAUGCAAGGUGGCUUGUCGAGCAAAGCUCAAUGUUGAAUCGGCAAAGAACUUUCAGGAAAAAAUUGACGAUGAAUAUCGAGUUAAUAUGAUUCUGGAUAACCUUCCGGUUGCUGUUCUAAGACAAAGGAGGGAUGGAAGUCAGUCAACCACUUAUGAACAUGGUUUCCUUGUUGGGUUCAAAGGAAAUUAUGCAGGGAGCAAAGAGGAGAAAUAUUUUAUCAAUAACCACUUGAGCUUUAGAGUAAUGUACCACAAGGAUCCUGAGACUGAUACUGCUCGAAUUGUUGGGUUUGAAGUCACUCCAAACAGCAUUAGUCAUGAGUACAAGGAGUGGGAUGAAAAGAACCCUCAGUUAUCCACAUGCAACCAGAACACCAAAAAUAUAAUUCAAGGUAGCAUUGUUCCACAAGAAGUUGGUAGAGAUAAGGAGGUUGUAUUUACAUAUGAUGUCACUUUCAAGGAAAGUGAUAUCAAAUGGGCAUCACGUUGGGACACCUACCUCCUCAUGAACGAUGAUCAAAUCCACUGGUUUUCCAUCAUUAACUCGCUGAUGAUUGUCCUCUUCCUUUCUGGCAUGGUGGCCAUGAUUAUGAUGAGGACUUUGUAUAGAGAUAUUGCAAACUAUAAUCAGUUGGAAACACAAGAUGAGGCUCAGGAAGAAACAGGCUGGAAGCUUGUUCAUGGAGAUGUUUUUAGGGCACCCAUUAAUUCGGGAUUACUCUGUGUUUAUAUUGGGACUGGUGUUCAGAUUUUGGCAAUGACACUUGUGACAAUGAUAUGUGCUAUGCUGGGUUUUUUAUCACCUUCCAACCGAGGUGGGCUUAUGACUGCCAUGGUUCUUUUAUGGGUCUUCAUGGGCUUAUUUGCCGGUUAUUCUUCCGCACGUCUCUACAAAAUGUUCAAGAGCACAGAAUGGAAGAGGAAUACAUUAAAAACUGCUGUUAUGUUUCCUGGUAUUCUGUUUUCUGUUUUCUUUGUGCUGAACGCCCUAAUCUGGGGGGAAAAGUCUUCUGGAGCAGUGCCCUUUACAACUAUGUUUCUUCUUGUGGUCCUAUGGUUUGGCAUCUCGGUACCCUUGGUGUUUGCGGGCAGUUACUUUGGUUUCAAAAAGCGGGCCAUUGAAGACCCAGUGAAAACAAACAAGAUCCCAAGGCAGAUACCAGAGCAAGCAUGGUACAUGAAACCAGUCUUCUCUAUACUUAUUGGAGGCAUUCUGCCGUUUGGUGCGGUUUUCAUUGAACUGUUCUUCAUCUUGACUUCCAUAUGGCUCAAUCAGUUCUAUUACAUCUUUGGCUUCCUUUUCAUAGUUUUUGUCAUCUUGAUAAUCACCUGUGCGGAGAUAACGAUCGUGCUCUGCUACUUCCAGUUGUGCAGUGAGGACUACAAUUGGUGGUGGAGGGCUUACUUGACUGCUGGCUCCUCUGCUUUGUACCUUUUCCUCUACUCUGUUUUCUACUUCUUCACCAAGUUGGAAAUUACAAAAUUGGUUUCAGGCAUCCUGUACUUCGGGUAUAUGUUAAUUGCAUCGUAUGCCUUCUUUGUGUUGACGGGCACAAUUGGAUUCUACGCAUGCUUCUGGUUUGUCAGGAAAAUCUAUUCGUCUGUGAAGAUUGACUGAUGUGUAGAUGAAAGCAAAGGGAGAAAGAAUUGCGCAUCAGCGAGACCAAAAUGUUAUGGGAACCUGAUGAAAUUUGAGAUGUUGUGACAAAAACCUGUAAGAGGCAUCUUCAUUUCUAAAUGGUAGGAUCCACCCUUUAAACCUUGGACAAACUUUUCAAUUUUCCUGGUGGAUUUGGCUUGUAUGUACGCAACUCCCUCCGUUCUUAAAUAUGUAUUGUUUUACACAAUUUUUUUUAUUUUAUAAUAUCUGUCGUUUUAUAAAACAAAAACAUAAUACAUUUUUUUUUUCAAAUUUACCCUUA